AUGGCUAAUUCGCGUCGCUCGCCAAGGGCUUCAUCCAAGUUGGAAGGCUCGAAAGAGCCGCCCGAGAUUCUGCAACAAGUUGGCCGCGCAGUCCUCUCGUAUACCCUCAAGAAGCUCAGCGAGCGACAGGCACAAUCUGAGACUCGAUCUCGAAGGGCCCACCCCAGAUCUAGUCGCACCAGGACGAGGGACCCAUCUUCGGAAAGCAAAGGGAGCAGCAGCCGUGACCUGCCGCGCAGUGAAAGUGGCGACGUACACGCCUUGAUCAGCCAGCUCGUGGUCGGGGCUUUUGGGUUUGGCAUCCGGGCCCUGGUCCGCCGUCGAAAGGAAGCCAAGAAGAAGAAAGCUGCUGCCGCCGCCGCCGCUACGCAAAGCGGAAGCAGGUCUGCUGCGAAAGGGAAGCCACAGCCCGGGCAAGACGUCGGUGCGGGCGCGGUCGACCCGGACCUAUCGGCCGCGCUGGACAGCGUCACGACGGAGUUGCAGAGCGCGUCCGACUCCAUCAGGCGCCUGGCCUACUCUGCGCCGCCCCCCUCUCACCGCGACUGCGCGGUUCGUGACGCUCUUCUAACGGACGCGGAUCGGCUCAGCGGCUCGCUUGUCAACCUGCAAGUGAGCAUCAACAAUAUGCGAAAUUUGCACCCGAGCUUGGUUCACGAAACGGGGCAAAAGGAGCGGCCCAGGGAGAGGCCUUGGGAGAGGCCAAGGGAGAGGACAUUAACCAGGGAGACGACGAAGGAUAGAGAACGGAGUGAGGGUGGGGUUCGCGAUUGGGUGAGAGAACGACAAAGAAAACCGCGAACGGAGGAGGCAAGGGAGGUGAGCAAGGGCAGAGCAAGAGCUGAGGGGGGACUGGAGCGGUCAGAACGAGUCCCGAGAAGUGAAAGAUAUCGGAAUCAUAGGGAGCACGGCCGGAGCCAUGAACAACCCGAGGAACGGCCCAGACAUCAUCGGAGCCGGCGACGCAACGAGAGCAUGCAGCGCGCUCGUCGGCCUGAACCAAUGUGCCGUUAA